GACGGCUCAAUCAAGAUAAAUUUAAAAUAUAAAAUAUACACGUAUACAAAAAUGAAGGGGUACCUUCUUAUCAUAUUACAAAGUAUUUUAAUUUUUGGGUUUAUAACCGAUAUUAUUUUAGCAUCUAAUGAUGGUAUCAUAAACCAAAAUUUUGCUGAUAAAUAUAGGCUUCUCAAUCAUUCAUUAUUUGAAAAUGUUAUACCAGUUUAUAAGUAUCAAUGCUUACGUACUGGAAUUACUAUUGUAUUUGGUGACAUUGAUGGACCUCUUGUAAAUGGAUAUUUCACUUUGGCCACGGAAACUCAUGAUGAUGAUGGUGUUCCUCAUACAUUAGAGCAUUUAAUAUUUCUUGGAUCAGAAGAUUAUCCUUACAAAGGAGUUCUUAAUUUAUUAGCAAAUCGUUGUUUUGCUUCAGGAACCAAUGCCGCGACUGGUGUGGACCAUACUCGUUAUACAAUCAGCACAGCCGGGAGUGAAGGAUUUCUUUCAUUGCUACCAAUUUAUCUUGAUCAUAUUUUAUAUCCCACUUUAACUGAUGAUGGUUUUGUCACAGAAGUUCAUCAUGUAACUUCAGAAGGUAAAGAUGCUGGUGUUGUUUAUUCUGAAAUGCAAGGACGUGAAAAUAAUUCUGGAGAUAUUGUAUAUUAUUCGUUGCUUAAAAAAAUAUAUCCUGGUAAAUCUGGCUAUAAAUCAAUACAAGGAGGACUUAUGAAAAAUUUACGAGAGUCAACUACAAUUGAAAAAAUUCGUAAAUACCAUCAUGAAUAUUACCGGCCAGAAAAUCUGUUACUUCUAAUUACUGGAAAAGUAGACCACUCUUCUUUUUUCAAUAGUCUAGAACCAGUUAUCCAAAAGAUUUUAUCAAAAGGAUAUCGUGAAGAAUUUGUAAAACCCUGGCAAAGCCCUGUAGAUCCUUUAACAGAAUCUUUAAAUUAUGUAGAACUAUUUCCAAGUGAUGAAGAAACAAAUGGUAUUGUCACUUUUGGUUGGAGAAGUCCAGUUGUGCCAAAUUAUAUAUACAAGUAUACUGCUUGCAACUCACUUUUAUAUUAUUUGACUUAUACCCCAAUAAGUCCUUUAGUAAAGGAGUUCGUUGAAAUACCUGAUCCAUUGUGUAGCUCGGUAGCAUACUAUGUUAGCGAUAAUUUAAAUCCAUGUAUAGUUCUUCAAUUUCAAAGUGUACCAAUUCAAAAAUUAAAUGAAAAACAAAUACCAUUAAAGUUAAAUGAAGUAUUUAAAAAGCUUAUCGAUGAUGGUGAUUAUUUUAACCUCGAAAGACUGAGAACAUCUAUUGAAGAAUAUAAACUAUCCGUAUUAAAUAGUCUAGAAACUGAUCCUAGUUCUACUUUAUCAAAAUUAAUAAUUAGUGACUUUUUGUAUGGAAAGAGUCAAUCAGAUUUAGAUGAAAGAUUGAACACAAUUAGCAUUUUGAAUAAUCUUCUCAAAGAAGAUAUCUCGUUUUGGAAAGAGAUUUUAACUGAUUAUUUUAUAAACAAUCAUAAUGUAGUUGUAAGAGGAAUUCCAUCUAUAAAAAAAAGAGAUGAGCUAGCUAAUGAAGAAAUUCAAAGAGUAUCACAACGCAAAAAAGAAUUAGGGGAUGAAGGUUUAAAAUUAAAAGCUAUUGAACUACAGAAUGCCAAAACAGAAUCUGAAAAAAAACCACCCAAUGAAAUAUUGACGUCAGUUAAAAUCCCUAAUGUUGAACUCAUACAGUUUUUAACUCCUGAUACUUCUUCAUCAAAUUCAAUAAAUCAAUACAAUUUAUUCAAAACUUCUGAAGUUCCAUUAUUUGUUGAAAUAGACAAUGUUAAAAGUAAUUUUGUUUACAUGAAUGUAAUUAUCAACACUAAAGAUUUAGCAUUGAAUCUUAGAAAAUACUUACCCAUUUAUCUUGAUUUGAUUACGGAAAGUACUGUUAUACGAAAUGGUACGAAAUUAGAAUAUGCCGAUGUCAUUGCAGAAUUAAAAAAAGAUGUUGUUUCAUAUAGUGCAUCUGUUGGGAUCUAUUCAACAUCUCCGUUUUCUAAUGGUUUUAUUUCCUCUGCUGUACUUUUAACGAUUUCUGUCGUACCAGAAAAUUAUCAUAAAAGCAUUAAAUGGCUUCAUGAUUUCCUUUAUAAUACAGUCAUUACUAAAGAAAAGUUUUCUAUUAAUUUAUCAAAUAUUAUAAAUGAAGUUUCUAGCUAUCGUAGAGAUGAAAGCCAUAUGUUAAACCAAAUUUUAAUGAAUAUGAUGUACAAACAAGAUUACAAUGAUUAUGCAUGUAGUACUUUAAGACAAUAUAAUUUUUUAACAAGUUUGCAAAAAACAAUCAAAACUGAAGAAGGUUGGAAAGUUGUAAAUGAAGAUUUGAAUAAAUUAAAAUUAUUUUUAGCUAAUCCAGAUAAUAUUAAAUUACACAUAACUGGUAAUAUAGAUAAAUUAUGUGAUAUUAUUCCUGAAGCUUCUGCUGCAUUACAACAAAUUAUUCCAGAUAAUUUAAAAGCAUCAGUACAUCCAUAUAAUACACUUUUUGACUUUGAAUCUACGGUACCCUUAAACCAAAGUGAAAUUCGAGCUUGUAUUGUUGGAAUGGGUUCUAUUGAGUCAAGUUAUUUCAAACAAGUUACUGAUUGUAUAAACGAUUAUAACCAUCCAGACGUAGCUAUUAUUGAUGUAUUUUUGGCAUACUUUACACAGGCGGAAGGUCCUUUGUGGAAUAAAGUUCGAGGAUCAGAUUUAGCAUAUUCCUGUGAUAUUUUUCUAAAGCUAGAUGAAGGAAAGAUUUCCUUAAGUUUUUACCGUUCGGUGAAUGUACCAGCUGCUUAUCAAGCUAUUAAAUCAGUAAUAGACGAACAUUUAUCUAAUGGAUUUUCUUGGGAUCAAACACUUUUUGAAUCAGCAAAAUCUUCUACUAUAUUUGACAUAGUUAAUAGACAGAAUACAAUUGCCAUAUCAAAUAUGGAUUCAAUUAUGUUUUACUUCCGAAAUUUAACACAAACUUAUAACCAGGACUUAGUAAAAAAAAUAUCAUUACUAAAACUUGAAGAUCUUCCUGAAAUUGGCAGAAAGUAUGUGAUGCCAUUAUUUAAUCCACAAUCUACCUUAACUGUAAUGGUAUGUCCUCCUACAAUAGUUGAAGAAACAGCUAAUGAAUUUGAAAAAAUUGGUAUUAAAAUGAAUGUAUACAAGUCUUUAGAUGAAAGUUUUCUAAAUAACUAACAGAGUACUUGGGUAGAAUACUUUUUUAAAUAACUCUAAAAGUACGUUUUUGAAUUAUUACAUAUUUUAUUUAUUAAAUUAUAAACAUAACUCAAACCAAAACAAUCAAAGUAAAUGUCAAAAAAUUACUAAAUAUUCGUAUUUUGCAUUAUAAAAUUAUUUUUUUGCAAAGAAUUUCUAAAUAUGUUAUAUAAUACAAAACCACCGAAUACUUACACCCAAAAAAGUAUUUCUAGGGUAUUCAGUAAAGUAUUCUGUUCAAGUAUAACUAACUGAUAAUUAUCAGUUAAUCUUGUUAGUCAUAUAUAUUUAUCGUUUUAUUAAUUUUGAUAUAUUAAUAUAUAUGUAUAAAUUUAUACUUCAAAAACUUUUGGUAUAGUUUUAAUAUAUUAAUUACCUUAUAUCCAUGUUUACAAUAUCAAUUAAAAAAUAAUUUUUAAUAACUCUGUUGCAUCUAUUAACUGUAUAAUUAAAAAGUAUAA